ACGCCAGCCUUUGAAGAUAGCUUGAGAAAGACAAUAAAGGAUGGAGAUUUUGAUGAGAUCUGUGACAAACUUACUCCGAGAGCUUUGACAAAAUGUAACACGAACGCUCUGCUGAUGGCUAUGGAGGUAAAAUGUAUUAUAUUUACAUUGUUUGAAUGCUAUAGACAGCAAUAUCAGAGAACAUUCUGCAAUAAUUGGCACCGAAUAUUGCAAUGAGACCAUAAAAGGACCUACCUGUUCUAUCGAUAACGUUCUGAUUUUCUUGAUUCAACACUGAGGCAAGCGAAUAUUUCUUGACGAAAGUUUCGUAUGAUUUUUCAGAAAGUUCAUUAAAAAUACCCUCUGUCAAAUUCAUUAACUUUAUGCAAUUAAGCCACAAACAGCAUUUUCUAUCGAUUUACCGGCGUGAUAACCCACGCAAGAUGUUUGGAGAACACGAAAAAAAAUUUGUAAAUCACGAGCCAGAGAUGAGUGACUUACAAACUUUUCGAGCCUUUUCAAAUGUUUCAAUUUUCUAUGAAAUUACCGGUGCAAUAAAUGAUAAUUUUUUGACCCAACAGGGCUCUCGUAACAUGUCAGUUAUUUCAUAAAGAAGAAAAAGCGGGGCGCCUUUCAUGUUUACUAUCGUUCUCGUGAAGAACAUUAGGGCAAGGUAUCGCAUGCCAUUUACUGCUAUUUCUAAUAAAUUUUAUGUUCACGAUGUUGUUUUGUAAAUCUAUUUUGAGGUGACUUUUAAACUACGACGAUUAGCUGACAAAAAGGGACCGGACGAGGAGGAUUUCAAUAAGCUAGCCGCUUCUUUGGAUGAAUUUAUUUCCCGCCUCUUUGAUCCAUUAAAAUCAGGUGGACGAUUACGUGAUGUUUUCUUAUCAGAUUCCAUUGACAACGUUAUGGACGCUGCGAUAGAGUUUAAACAAAAGAAUGUAAGUGGAAAUUACUUUUGUUUCUGGCCCUGAUUUGAAAACUGGCGAGCCUCAUUAACAAGGCUGUUGGCAGAACUUUCGGCUUUGCGGCAGUUCUACUGUAGGUUAGAGCCAUAUCAGUUUGUUUUACUAUUGAGACUAUCACUCUGUCCCUUUUUUUCUCAAUUAGGAGAUGUAAACAAACCAGAAUCUCCCAGGCCUUCUUCCUUCCAGCCAUUCUCUUGACUAAGGCCGCCGUCUUGUGUAAAAUUUUUGUCAUAUAAAGAACUGGAUUGAUGUUAUUGCAAUUGGCCUUGCCUCCUUAUUACUAUAUAUGACAGGGGUAAUCUAUAAAUUUUUAGCUGCUGUCAAAUGGACAAAAUUAAGGUUUGUUUGUUUGGGGCAGAGCAGAUUAGUCAUGAUUAAUUUGGUUUCACUGGAGUUUAAAACUCUGUGGCAACUUUCUUUUCAAGUUCUUUGCACACCCAGUAAUCAACAGCCAAAUGACAAAGAAGUGGCAUGGUGAACUUGGCUGGAUGCGAAAAUGUUCUUGGUUGAGUACUGAACGCUGGAUAUGGGUGUUCCUGAACGUCUGGUGUGUGUUUGAUGUUUUUCUUUUCCCCAUAAUCUUCAUUGUUUUUGGGGGAUAUCAUUUAGCGAGGAAGAAGAUGAGGAACAGAAAAGGUAAUCUUGGAUAUGAAGAGACUUUAAGUUCUUCAUCCCACUUUCUACGGUGAAAUCUUGAAAUUGUGCCAUAAGGAAAGAUACAAUGCAAAGCUUCGUUGGCGCAAUGCAAGCAUUUUCCUAAGGAUGUUUUACAUUCCUUUUUAAAGGAUUACUAAACUCCAGAAAUUUAGCAUAUAGAAUGAUGAUUUGCACCAUGAAAAAGUUCAGCAAAGUUUUGUUUGUCGAAGUUGAGAAAGUUUUAACAACAUUUCUUUGCUACGUUGAAGAAAAACUUUGUUGUGGAUCUAUUCUUAAAACCAAUAGGUAAUGCAGAUAUUAUAUCAUUUUUUUUCUCGUAUCACUAACAAAUUAAAAUUUUUUUUCUUGGUUUCUUCUGACAAGGAAUAUUUCGCAACAAGGAAGACAUAUACGGUGAGUAAAACUAUCGGCAGAAAAUGUAUUAUAUAUACCUAUGCCUUCAGACUUCGAUGGUAAAUUUUACUUUUUCUCCGAUUAUUAUUUUUUGGCAGGAAGUUAUCUCAAGUACUUCACCAUCCCGUAUUUCAUCUUUGUCCGUGACACUUUCAGUUUCCUGGUCCACCUAGGACUACACUUCGCUACUUGUCUUGCGCCUUCGAGCAUUUCAAUCAGUAGACUAGAGUGGGCUGUCUGUGUGUUCUACAUGGGUCGAAUAGUAACUGAAAUCAAACAGAUAAGCGACACAAAGGUACUGCAAAGUGAAGAGUCAGACAAGCCGGGUAUCAAGGAACCAAUGACUUGUGGUAGUGUUGAAAUUUUAACUGAGCUGAAAGAGACCAGUAAUCGGAAAUCAAAAUCAACGUCGUUGGCGAUGAGAUUUAGUAAAUACCUGAAGUAAGUAUGUAAAGAACAAUUAUUGAAUAAAACUACUUUUAACAUUUCAUAAAAACGUCCUAAGAUUUUCAGGGUUUAGCAAACCAAGAGAUUAUAAACAGUUUAUAAUCUCUUGAGCAAUCCCACUUAAAUAGUGGUAAUUUAUUUAAACAUCUGUUUGACGGAAAGGUUAUGAAGUUACGCGUUACUCCAGAAAGUAAGUUGCAGGUUACUGAUGUAAGGGAGAUUUGCGAUAGCAAAAGAAGUCCGGUUAUAUCUUUGAAAGAUCGGUUAUAUCCCGGAAAGACCGGUUAUAUCCCGGAAAGACCGGUUAUAUAUUUGUGCAAGAGAUCUUUGAUCUUUUAUAUUAUCGCCAUAAAUAUUCCCUGGACACGUUAAGUCCGAGUAUCCUAAUCCUAAUCCCACCUACAAGUCGUGGCCCCAGAAACCUUGUGUUUCUGGUAUCUCUAACCUCUUUUCCCCCCUCGCGUCCCCUGUAAGACUUCCCCCUCCAAUCUCUGGUUGUCAAGAGAGGAGGACGAUAACUUUACAGAAAAAAGAGGGGUGUUAGAUUCCGGUUAUGAGGAAUAGUAGUACAAUCUCCUGCUACGUCAUCUAAGAUUAUGAAGCAGUUAUUGAAAACGGGCCCUAAUCGAUAAGAACUGGGGAAAAAUGAGUGAUAUUUAGAAUGAGAGAGAGCCUGAUAUACGCUAAAGAAUCUCUUUAAUUAUGUGACUUUGCAUAUUUUUUGUCCUUCAGUGAUCGUUGGAACGUCCUGGAUUUAACCACAAUCAUUGUAUACCUCACCAUUUUUGUCUUGAGAAUGCUGACAUGGGCGGUAUCAGACUCUGUGGUUAAUAACAGAGCCCUUGUUAUAACUGGUUAUCUUUACGGCCUCAACACCAUGUUCCUUACUUUCCGAGCCUUUGGUCUCGUGAUGGAAAUUACCAGAGGAGUGGGCGCCAUUCAAAUCGCGUUGUUUUUCAUUCUUAAAGACGUGGCGAUCAUAUUUUGGCAGUUUAUCGCUGCGAUUUUAGCAUUUUCUAUCGCUAUAACCAAAGUAUACGUUGCAGAAAAAUCCUACCUCGUUAAGGAAGACCAAGACAAAAAUGCGUAAGUGAGAGAUAACGGAGUCAAUCAUUUAAACUUCCCCUGAGCAGAAAAAGGUUUAUUAGAUGAUUGAUUGUUUUCACUAAAAAUGACAUGAUAACCUUAAUGUAUGAGACAAUAUCUAGCCCGGGUAACUAAUUUCGGACUCUAAACAAUAAUCCGAAUUAACCUGCCAUUAUUUUUUGGAAAAAUCGCUUGAAAAAAAAGCGCAAAAAAAAAACCUCAGAGAAGAAUCUCAAGCCAAUGCAAGUUAUCAAAUCAUUGUUAUUGACUGGUACAAAAUAAAGUUGUUUUCCUAAUUAUUGGAGUACAUUAGAAGCAAAUCAAUCCUUAUAAUAGCCUCUUUGUAUCUUUUGCCAUAUAGAGCUUGCAGUGCAGCUGUUCUUUCCUGGUAUGUUUUGUUUGGGUAACUUGAUUUGCAACUCUUUUACGAUGGGUGUGUUAAUCGUAUGUAUGCUCAAUCGAACCACACCGGUGCUUACAUGUGGACUGUGCACUACAGUUUUAUAUCUAUAGAUUACAAAGUGAAUCUUAAAAUUUAAAAUUUCUGAUUGUUGUAGUUGGUGGACUGUAGCAAAGCAUCUAUGUUGGUCCUUGUUGGGAAUUGUAGAGCUUGAUCCACUGGACUCGUCAGACGAAUUAUCAGUGACUGUGGUUCGCUUUUUGUAUGGAGGUUUUAUGAUCAUGGGAGCUGUUCUCCUUAUGAAUAUGAUGAUAGCACUUCUAUCAAACACAUAUCAACGAGUUGAGGUAAUAACUUCUUUUUAUUUUGGAAUGAUUUACCUGAUCGUGUGUUUGACGCGUAUUGCUUUGCAUUCCCAUACGCUUCGCUUUCUUUGCUCGACAUUUCGGUGUAUUUCUUGAGAGAUGGUUUUAGUUCCUUGAUUUCUGGUUCUUUCUUGAAAUUCUCUUUGGAGUCGUGCCAUAAAUGGAAGCUUUGAAAAAAUUGGCUGAGAGGGAACAAGUGUCUCAGGCUAAACUGAAUAUCGGUGGUUUGAGAAAUUUACUAUAUAGCGUUCUAUUACAAAUGCUGCAAACUGAUUGGCUACGCUACUCGCUAUCUAAUUCGUGAUAGACAGCGAGUAAAGUAACUCGCCUUACCGUACGAAUGUAAGCAAAAUAAAAUAAAAUUGAUGGCCUGCUUGUUUUUUAGUUUUGAACGAAUGGUAGAUUUGUACGAAACCAAUGAUAUUAUUUGCUCUUGAUUUCCAUGAUUCUAGAUUCGCCUUCAUUAACUAUCACGCCAAAUAAAUCUCGAGCUCAUAAUCUAUUUACCAGGUAGAUCAGCGAGUUGAAUAAAGAGGAAGAUAGACUUCACUUCGACUUACAUUCUUCUUUCAUUUUAAAGGAUAAUUCCUUAAAAGAAUGGUCAUUCCGUAAAGCCAUGAGAAUUCAGACGUACAGCUCAUAUGAUCCCAUUCCUGUUCCUUUUAACCUCGUCUCAAGUCUGCUGUUGGGUUUGCGUUCCUCUUUCCAAUGUUUCUGCUUCUACCUCAGGUGGAGGCGAGAAAGACAACAAGAGAUCGACAUAAAGGAUGGAAAUGUAAAUGAUUUGUAAAGUGAAGUCAAUCUUAGUUGGAAUGAAGCAGUAAUAGCACAUAAUUUCCAAUGAAUACUAACUCUUCCAGAUCAUCUUUUCCUUUUUUCUUUUUUCUGGGAAGAGGAAAAAUAACAAAUAAGCAAAUCGAUAUAAAAAGAAACAAAACAAAACAGAAAAAAAAUAGAAUUAUUAUCCUUUUUUAAGAGGACAUAAUGUCGGAAUAUCGCUAAAUUUACUCUCGAGGAUAGUAUAGGAUAUCAUAAUGUUAGUUAAAGGAAACAACUUGACUUCAGAUCAACGAGGAAACUAUAACGCUCAUAAUAUCAAACAAGCAUUCGCAGUGCACGACGUUUUAAAAAAAAUAUUCUUAUCUAUUUUAUAUUGUUUAUUUCAAACUUUUCAAAGCGCAACCUUGUGAAGCGACCAAGAUCAAUCCGAAUAUCACAAAUGGAAGAGAAGAUGCUAAAACUUAAGGUAAAGCUUUAAUACUUUCAUACGAGGCACACGAACCAAACUUCUCAGUGACAUAGGAUCACUGUAAUUGUUGUUAUUCAAUUCCUGAUUAAUGAAAGUACGAGAAGCUGAUUUUUGCUGUUGCACUCAAAUUGCAGAGGGAGUCGUUAGAUUUGGUUGUCAAAAAUCUUCAGACCAAAUAUUUUGCAAGUUAUGGGUACAUAUUUCCACUCACAGGUAACUGUUACAAUAAUUUUGAUUUACUUUUUUUAAUCUUGUUUAAUUCUUUUUAAGUUGAAAUACAAACAUAGCCAGUAUUAAUCGAGAUAUGUAGAAAUGAUGAUGCUAUGGAAUUAUUUUGAAAUAUUUCGUUGUCUUUUGCUUAGAAAGAGAAUAUUCUUGCCUUUCUCAUUUAAAACAGAUCAAGAUAAAAUGGAUCAAGUCUUUCAGGAAACUAGAAACCUUCGACCAAUGACGAAUCAAGUUGCUUACAACACCUUUAUUUCGAAUGGGUACGACAAAUGUGUCUUACCAACGGGUCCGAAGGUGAGGUUCUUUCCGUUAAUUUACGAAGUGGGUGCUUCAUUAGCUCCGAAAUAGUUCCUGUUUGAUUUUUAAUGUAUUGCGAUCGUAUGGCAAACGAUAAACGACUGUAGUAGAAAAAUUUUUCACUUAAACGUAGUUGAUGAAAAUAAUCCUUAUCCUACGUAGGGCACUUUUCAAACCAAAGCCAAAGUUAGAAUAACAGCCAAUCAGAGGGGAAGAAAAUUUCAAAAAAGACAAUAAGAAUUCAGAGCUAAAAGAAGCAAACUACCUAGAGCGCGGAGGAAAGCAAGUUAUCAAGUAACGAUCGAUUUUAGUUGUGAUUUUGAUCAGUUGAUAAAGUGGCGCGAGUUUUAUAAAUCAAUCACUCAGCAAACUAUAGUUAAGAAAAACUAAAGCAAUUCUGGAUUGCCACCGACGCUAUUGAAAACAGUUUAAAACCAUUUACCAAUCGGAUUAAGUUCAGUCUGGACAAAGAGUUCCUUCUUAUUAAUAAAAUAACUUCACCAGUAUUGUUUCUGUUUUUUAAUUCUUUCCUUUGAAUGAUAGGCGUGGAAGAGUGAAGGCAUAAGGAUAGAGGAUAGCCUUCUCAUGUACGAGGGAGAGGAAGUUUGCAAGACAUGCAAGGAUCACCCAACAGCCUCACAAAAGAAUCAUGGUGCCAGAUAUCUUAUUCCUUUCACUACAGAGUUUCCUGGAUUUGAGGUAAGAAAUAUACCAAAACAAUAUGAACGUGCUUUCUUGAUCUUACUCAUAUUAUGAAGUUCGGUCAGAUAGAGGAAAGAGAGUUCAAAAAGACAAUACAAACGCAAUUUGAACCAAUCAUUUUAUGCUAACGCUUUCAAAGAAUUGCCUCUAAAGUCGCAAAAAGUGGCAUAGUGUUAAAUGACACUGGUCUGAAUUAAUCAAAAUAAUAAAUCAGUUGCAUGCUAACGAGAAGUCGAAAAGGUACAUCAACCUCCAUGAAAAAUUUCGGAAAACAAAUGAAUGACUCAAUAUAUAGAUAAAUGAAUGGGUAGAGGAAGGAAUUAACUUACUAUACCGACCCUUUUCCAAUAUAACCCGACAGAAACACACGAGGGGACUUAUUGGGCCUAAACAGGUAGAAAAAUCAGUCGAUUGUUCUUGUUAUCGUAAAGAUUUCCAUUUUCAAGCUUUAAGAAUGAUCUUCUGUCGGAACUACUAGUAGUAGCGAAUAAAAGUCAUCAAACGUUCUUCAAUAUUUAACCUACUAGCUACAAGCAUUCAGUAGGUGGUAAUUGCCAAUGCCGGAUAAUUUUCGUAUCAAACUACCUGUUCUCAUCCUCAUUAUAUUCUUAUCCUUACAGCGUAUGCGAAUACGUUGUGAAACGAUGUUUUUAUUUUCUGGUUCCUUUCUUUCCUACUUUUAGGUUCUCAUUUUGGGAGCAGGAGAAUGUCGAAGUCUAGAGAUGGGAGUGGCGGGAAAGAAUUACGAAUCUCAUGUCAAUCGGAGCCGAGGAUGGACUAACGAAUGUAUCGGGUACCAUAUCAACGGAAAUAUUUUCGACGCUUUUACCGCAAACUCAAUCAUUGAAAUUGAAGGUGCACAAGACAAAUAUGUAUCACAUACGAAUCGUAAAGAAUGUAAUAUUUGCAAAAGCGAGCUGGGCGGGCUAUCACCAUUUCAGACUAUCGAGCCUAUUCCGCUCCUUUAUUCUCCAAACUAUAGGGAAUAAAGAUAUUGUCCGAGUUAAUACCUUUGAAAUUACAAAAUUCAUGUUUGAUUAUCAUAAUUACCUAUUCCCCACAUUGCUUCUAAAUCUUUUUGUAAUAAAUGGCCAAAUUCAUCGCUACUGUACCAGAAGAGCAAGUAAUUAUCAAACGCAUUUGUGCCGUACUAAUCUCAAGCAAUUUACAAUUCUUUACCGAGGUCCUAAAAUUUGGAACUCUCUUCCUGUUUCAGUGACUCUACAAGUCUUCUUAGUUUUAUGACGAAGAUGCGAUAGUUUUUACUCAAAAAAUCACUGAAUUAGCCAAGCGGCACAUUCACAGCUCUUAUUUUUUUUUUAUAUAUUACUGUGAGUGGUGGCCUUUCCCACAAGCCCAGAGGCUUCAUGAGGUCUCCUCGCCUUCUAAUUGUAAUGCUGAUCAUUAAUUUUUUUGCAUUGUCACAAAGGCAAAUAAAAUGAUGAUCAUGAUGAUAAUAAUGAUGAUGAUAUGCUUGAAAUAUAUUUCUUUUUUCCUUUAAGUGGAUGACAUUGGACUGAUGCAAAUCAACAGUUUAUUUGGGCAUAACUAUUGUUCCUUGUCAAUUAUCGCCGGGCUCAAAGUAGUUUUAGUUCUUUAACUGUACUCAGCCUUGAAGUAGUUAUUUUCAUUUCAGAUGCUAUGGCUGAUCGAGGCGAUGUGAUUGGUUGCAUGGUGAUGUUUGAAAUGGCUGAAAGUGGAGAGGUCCCUAUUUUGUUUACUCUAAAUGGCAAACAGAUCACUCAAGUGACCAUUUCAACCAAUUUUGACGAUAAGGAAUCACUGUUGUUUCCAUUCGUUAGUAUGGGACACAAAGGAGUAACAGUGUCAGCUAAGGUUAGUUUUAACUUUUAA